ACCAAACACAUCACACUUCGCCAAAUUAAAUCGAUCGCUAAUUACUUCAGCAAUUUAACAUUGCAUUUUGCUUUUGCCUUUUUCCCCCAAAUUUCCCAACCCAACCCAAAUGGCUCCAACAAUCGCCGUGCCGAUCUCCGGCCAACGCCGAGACGCGGCGGAGGCGCUGCGGCGGAGGAACGAGGAGCUGGAGAAGGAGCUCCGGAGCAGCCUGGAGAGGGAGGAGAGGAUGAAGGAGGAGCUGCGGAUGACGUGGCAGCGCGUGCGGUUGGCGGAGGAGGCGGAGGAGCGUCUCUGCAGCGAGCUCGGCGAGCUGGAGGCGGAGGCCGUCGAUCACGUCAGGGAAUCUAGGGCUCAGAUUACGCUUCUGAUGGAGAAGCUCUCCGUUGCUCACAAGCUUCUUCAAGGUGCUUCAAUCGAUGCUUUCUCUCUCACUCAAUAAUCUCUCUCUCAUUCGAUAAUCUCUCUCUAUCUCUAUAGAUCUGUGUGUGUGAUGUAGAUUUGUAGUAUUUUGUAGUUUCGUUUGGAUUUGAAAUCCUUGGGAUUUUCAUUUUUUAGGAGUUUCCUUGGGAUGAAUUGUCGUAACAGAGAUGGAGAUUUUUAUGUAAUUGUAGUGUUAUUGAUUUUGUAAUGGUGAUGUUUAAUCAUGCAUUUGUAUAUUAUUCAUCUUUUCUUCAUAGAAAAAUAUAUUAUGAGUAUUUUGUAUUUUAAA